CGACUAACGAACCGUGUCCAAGUCUUCCUUAUAAGACAUUGGAACUAAUGAGGCUUCAUGAACAGUGAAUCGGGAGCAACGCAUCAAUCUCGUUCGCCACGAUGAGGUAUCUAGUCGUCGCUCUUAUCAUUGCGUGCGCCCUUUCGUCCUCCGUCGUUCACGCAGAGGAGGUGCAGUAUACUACGAAAUACGACAAUAUAGAUGUGGAUGCUGUGAUAAAUAGCGAGAGGCUGUUGAAUGGAUACGUGGGUUGUCUGCUCGAUCGGACUCCCUGCACCCCAGAUGCGGCGGAACUCAAAAAAAAUCUGCCGGACGCGUUGGAGCAUGACUGCGCCGGAUGCAGCGAGAUGCAAAAGAACGCGGCCGACAAAAUCUCUCAUCAUCUGAUCGACAACAAGCCGGACGACUGGAAACUUUUGGAGGACAAGUAUGAUCCUACUGGAGCAUAUAGACGGCGUUAUUUAGAGAACAAGUCUCAUGAAGGAGACAGAUUGGAUUGAAAUCGUUUCCUCGCGUCGUAAGGACCGUGAUCUUUAAUGCCGACCACGGCUAUCCUCUGGACUUGAUUGUUUAUCGUAAUCCUUGUCACACAACAGUUCCACUUUAUAUAACGAUCGCGAAAGAUCCAAUCUUUUGCGUUACAUCACCUUUCAGCAGUUUCCCUAUAACACAAAAAAAUCAUUAAAAAGAUAUCCAGUUUUUA